UUUGUGUCUUGGAUAAAGAAAAAAAGGGGGUGGGUGCAUUUUCGAAAGUACUAGAAAAUCGUGGAACAUACUCGUGGGAAGGCACAUUGCGUAUUUACUAGUUUCGAGACAAUCAAGGAGAGGCGCUAGUUGUCCAUUUCUGGAGCUUUCUGAAAAUCCGUACCGGCUCGAGAACUGAACCACUGAACAUUCGCAUCAAUUCGCACGAGUCAUCGCGUAUCUUUGCGAGCAUAAAAGAACAAGUCGUGGAAAUAGAACGAAAGUAUCGCUACUCUCAGUCUCAGGUCAAGCGUUAUGGACCAGGUAUCAGUGUUAAAAGAAAAAGGUAAUUCUGCUUUACAAGAAGGAAGAGUUAACGAGGCUAUCGAAUAUUACACACAGGCAAUUCAAUUAGAUGGAAAUAAUCAUGUACUCUAUAGUAAUAGAUCUGCGGCGUAUGCUAAUGCAGAAAAGUAUGAACAAGCUUUAGAAGAUGCUGAAAAAACUAUAAAAAUCAAACCAGAUUGGGGAAAAGGUUAUUCACGCAAGGGCAGUGCGCUUGCUUAUUUGGGCAGACUAGAUGAAUCUAUUAAGGCAUACAAGAUUGGCCUACAGUUGGAUCCUAACAAUGCUCAACUUAAAAAUGAUCUGGCUAAAGUCGGGAACAAGAAACUAGCACAUGCUGGAAACAUUUUCAAUACACCAGAUCUUUACGUCUGUCUUGCAAAUGACCCUACAACAAAGGAAUUUUUUAAGGAUCCGGAUUAUUUGAAACUUCUACAGGAGCUGCAAGCCAACCCGGAAGCUAUGCUAACGAAUUAUCGGGAUAAUAGAGUAUUUUUAACAUUUUGCGCGUUGCUUCGCUACCAUGAUAAGUACGAAGCAAUGGAAACAGAUCCACCAGAACCUCCAGUACCUGAAAAAGAAACACCUAAACCUAAGAAGAAAGAAGAAGAUAAUCUUCCACCUGAAAAGAGAGAAGCUCUAAAUGAAAAACAAUUAGGUAACGAUGCCUACAAUAAAAAGAACUUUGAAGAAGCCCUUCAGCAUUAUAACAGAGCAGUAGAAUUAAAUCCUACAGAAAUCAUUUAUCUAUUAAAUAUAGCUGCAGUGUAUUUUGAACAAAAGGAAUAUGAUAAAUGUAUCGCUCAGUGUGAAAAAGCCAUCGAAGUUGGAAGGGAGAAUCGGGCAGAUUUUAAAUUAAUAGCAAAAGCAUUCACUAGAAUUGGUCAUGCGUACAAAAAAAUGGGGAACUGGAAACAAGCAAAGGUGUAUUACGAAAAGUCUAUGUCAGAGCAUAGAACACCAGAAAUUAAAACCCUUCUUUCGGACAUUGAUAAAAUCAUUAAGGAAGAAGAGAGAAAAGCAUACGUCGAUCCAGUAAAAGCAGAAGAAGAAAAGGAGCUUGGAAAUCAAAAGUAUAAGGAUGGAGACUAUCCAGCCGCGAUAAAACAUUAUACAGAGGCUAUUAAAAGAAAUCCCGACGAUCCGAAAUAUUAUAGCAACAGAGCUGCCUGUUAUACUAAAUUAGCAGCAUUUGAUCUUGGAUUAAAAGACUGUGAAAAAUGUGUUGAAAUCGAUCCAAAGUUCAUCAAAGCUUGGAUAAGAAAAGGGAAGAUACUGCAAGGUAUGCAACAACAAGGAAAAGCACUCAGUGCCUAUCAAAAAGCAUUGGAAUUAGAUCCGUCGAAUAGCGAAGCAUUAGAAGGAUAUCGGUCGUGCGCUGUUUGUGUCAGUUCGAAUCCCGAGGAAGUAAGGAAAAGGGCAAUGGAAGAUCCAGAAAUUCAAAGCAUAUUACGGGACCCUGCUAUGAGACUUAUUUUGGAGCAAAUGCAGAGUGAUCCUAGAGCUUUGCAAGAUCACUUAAAGAAUCCGGAUAUAGCGGCGAAGUUACAGAAACUCUUGGAAUCUGGUCUCAUUGCGAUCCAUUGAAGACAAAAGUAUUUGUACUUGUGCAUAACUUCGUGCACGACAUUACAUUGUCACCAAGUUCCUUUGGUAUUAUGAAAAUCGUGCUGUUCGUUCUAUUUUUAUGUAUUAGAAGUACGUUAUUUAACCAUACCGGCUGCUUAAUGGCAUUCUACAUCUCUGUUCGAAACAGCCCCUUUUUUUUUAUCUAAGUUUUGUUAUACAUACGUAUCACUUUCGCGCGGAUGCAGUGGCCUUCUUGGUCGUGGACCACUUUUGCAUUGUAAAUCGUAUCAUACGAAAUGUUUGAAUGUGUUUCGCGGAGUGUAACUUUAUAAGAAACGAACGUAUUACAUAACUACAAGCUUUUGCAUAACCUUUGCAUAAAAUUACACUUCCAACUGUAAAUCAUUAAUAUCGUCGAUAUCAAGUAUGCGAUAGUAUCAUAAAUAUGUUACACGGUCUAGAUUAAACGAAAUUAUUAUCUUAAACCUGAUUUCCUCGAUAUACAAAUUUCCGUGCACUAAACAUGUACCUAGCUUUUACGUUUUAAGCAACAUAAUUUUCAUUUAAAGUACUAAUACUGUAAUAGAAGAAAUAACAAUUCCAAUAAUUAUGACAUAAUUAUACGA